AUGUCCACGAACGAUCAGCGGCUGGAGUAUCUGCGCCAAGUGGCUGCACCGAACGAGAUCCCAGUACCCUCGCCGUACAAGAAACCGCAACUGCAGCACGCUGCGGGGGCACCGAAGAAAAGAGGCUUUAGAAGACACAAGAACGCUCGACAACUUGUCUCUGAGGAGCUGCGCCGGAUCAACGCGGCUCUCGAGGCCUCCGUGGUAGGUGAGCCCCCCAACGAGAGGAAAAAACUGCGUGUGCGUGUAUCACAUUUCAGUGUGGACGCUCCUCCGUCCAUUAGACCCACGAAGAGGUACUGCGAUAUAACGGGGCUCGCUGCGAAUUACAAGUCUCCAACGAACAAUCUACGGUACUACAACGCGGAGAUCUACCAGAUGGUGGUGAAACCAAUGGCGCCGGGGGUAGACCAAGAGUAUUUGAAGCUAAGAGGUGCCAACUUCGUGCUGAAGUGA